AUGGAUCCCGAAGGGAAUCCCGGACCUUAUAUGUGCAAUACCGAUGACGCCGGAGUCUCAAAUCCGGAGACUAACCAUUUUGAAUGUUUGUAUAAAAUGAGAGGUCUGUCCAAUGAAGAACUGAGGAAACGACGUCGUAUUUUCGAGGUGCAAAUAAGAAAGAAAAAACAGGAUGACUUCUUGAACAGCAAGAGAAGGCUGGAUAGCGACGAAGUGGAGUUUACGCUUGCUGAUGACUGUUGUAUUAUUCCGAAAUCAGUGCUCGACAUGAUAAAAAGCGGAAACUUCCAGAACGAAUCCGUUGGCUUGAAGUUCCUCCGUUCAAAGAUUUCUGAGAGCUCCGAGGACGUUAAUUGCAUGUCGAGUUUGGGUGACAUAUCGUUGAUUUCUCAACUUACACGUCUGCUCAUACGUGGAGAUGAGGAGCUGGUGGACGAUGUCUCAUGGAUACUUGUAAAUAUGUUCCGCCGCCACGAAAAACUGCCAUUCAUCGACGAUGCCCGUGGGAAAGUCCUUCCCACUUUUUGCGACCUCAUAAGACGGACCACAUCUUCCUCCAACGGUAUUCCUUUGCAUAUGGAGAACUCCGUACUUUCGCAGCUUUUAUGGUCGAUUGCCACUCUAGCCGAAGUAUCCGUUGCGAGCAGGAAUUUCGUCAUUGCUGGUGGUGUGGUGCAGGACAUUCUCCAUAUAGCCUCCAAGAACAAGAAACUUGUAAUUCUCCGACAUAUAAUGUUUCUUAUUGCGGUUCUCUUCACAGACAUCCAAGAGUUCACGCCUGAUAUCAUCGAGUUACUUCCACUUUUACCUCUUGUAUGUCGUCAGCUAUCUUCUGAAGAUGGUACAAUACAAUCAGAUGCCGUUCGAGCUUGCAUGCUCAUGUCGGAAAGCAUAGAUUUUUUCGGGCCAAUGGCAGAUGCCGGUAUCAUGAGAAAACUAGCACAGAUGACAUCGUCUUGCUCAUCGUAUGUAAUUCUUGGAGUACUUCGUUCAAUCGCAAACAUCAUUCAAGAGACAUCUGCUUUCACUCACGAUAUGGUAAAUGAGGGCCUUCUGACCAAUAUUCUUCCGCUUAUGUCACGCAGUGCAACAAUGCGAGAAGCUUGCUUUCUGGUGAGCAACAUUGCCGCAGAAGGUGGAGACAUGCUGCAAGCGGUCUUGGAUGCUGGUGUGCUCAAAGAAAUAUCAAGUUUAUUGGAAAUGGCAGAUUACGAGACACGUAAAGAGGCAUUCUACAUAAUGUAUCAUGCGGCAACGUCCAAUCGAUCUUGUCAUCUGGCGGCUCUCCUCGGAGCUGAUUUACUAGCCCCACUGUGUGAUUUUCUGACAGUUUUGGAGCACUCUCUUGUGGCUGACGUUAUGGAAGCACUAUCGUCACUGCUCGCUUAUGGAGAAGAGCUCGCCAUGGGAUUAGCAGACUUCUUGAACCCUGUCGCUACUCGAAUGGAGGAACUAGGAGCCAAAGAUAAACUAGAAUUUCUCUGUGAUAGUCACUCGAUGAACAUACAUGUAGCAGCCCACGAAAUACUGGAAAGGUACUUUUACUCAUACGACGAGAACGAGAUGACGACACAACUAGCAGUUUCCAUGCCGCCUUAUUCUGGAGUUUCGACACGGGAUUCCAUGGAUGAGACUAUUGAUAUGAUUGUUAAAAGUGUAUGUCUUUAA